UAUUUGAUUUUUGGGCCUUUUAUGCCCUUUUAUGUUAAAGCCUUUUAUCAGCCUCUUGGAACUCGGUUUUACUUUUACUUCCAAACCCUAUUCGCUUGAAACCUCAUCACUCAUUCGGUCGAUUGCCGCCUCACCAUGUUCGGUUGUUGAAGCCAGUUGCUUCCAUCGUUAGUUUGUCACCGUGGUUGGUUGCCGCUCGCCGUGGUGAUCACCGGCUCACCACUUCACUUCAAGUUUUCCCUACCUGCUGCUUGCAUCUUCGGUUCGUCACCGACUCAUUCACACUAUCUCUUUGUCGGCACAGUCUUCUCUUUACCUGCAACGCUACCGCCACUGCGGAUCAGAACUGAGAUAAGAAAAAAGUGAACUGGAGCAUCUAUCAGUGCUUUCCCUUUUGUUGGGUUUUCCUUCCCCGAGUCCCGUCCCGGCUUCUGUCGACAGACACAGAGAAAUGAGGCUUUUGACACACAACAUGCUCUCUUGCAACAUCAAGGGCGUGACGAACGGUUUCCCUCUACGUCUCGAGGUGGAGAAAUUUGUGGAGAAAGAAGUCGACUUCAGUGCAGAGUUUCUCAGGAACAUAUUCCCCAAGAUCGAAUGGAAGGCUCUCGUUGAUGCCGCUCGAUCCAUGGGCUACGCUGAACUUCCCGACGAGGCCGAUUCAUCGAUGCUCGACUCCGACGACUUCCUAAAGAAGUUUCACCACGCCUUGCUCGAGCUUCACCUCGAAGAAGGUGCUCUAAUCUGCCCGGAGACCGGUCGGCGCUUCCCAGUCAACAAGGGAAUCCCCAACAUGCUCCUUCACGAAGACGAGGUCUGAUAGAUCCACCGCUUGACCAUUAUCGUGACUUACUUUUCCUCUUUCUGCUCCAGCGACGAAACUGUAAGAUGAGGAAUUUCUUUUCUUUGUUUGAUGAUAAAGAACUGUCAUCAACUCUGUUUUGGGUUAACCAAUGAAAAUAUAGCUUUUCUUCUUCUUCUUCUUCAUCA